UGCGUGGUGUUCACAGCGCGGACAAAGCUAUCACGAGAAAAUUUUGGGCGUGUUUUAUUCUGUUUAUACUUCUGGACCUACUUUUACAUAUUGUACACUUGAGCGACUAAUCUGGGAGGCGCUACUUUCAACAACUGAGUCAGUUUGAGACGAUAUCCUGCGAAAUCAAUUCCCAGAAGCCUCAGCGUUUGCGCGGACGAGAGUGAUUUGGUGCUGCUGUUUGAACUUCUGCCAGCGGAUAACCAGACAUGAGUAUUCAACCGUGUGUAGGAGAGACGCCGUUGCUCACGGCCUGCCGCAUGGGCCACGCGGACAUCGUGAAGUUGCUGCUGCAGCACGGCGCCAACCUGCACCUCCGCUCCACCUUCACCUGGACGCCGCUGCACUUGGCGGCGCACGGCGGCCACGCGGAGUGCGUGCGCUUGCUGCUGAGCUGCGGCGCCAACACAGCCACCGACGACGUGUUGAAACGCACGCCGUUGCACUGGGCCGCGUGCGGUGGCUACGUGGAAGCGGUGCAGGUACUUCUGGAAGCAGGCGCCGAUGUCAACGCCCGCGAUUACAAUAACUAUACCCCGUUGCAUCUAGCGGCACCCGGCCUCUUUGAGGAUGACUGGUACAGGCAGCUGCCGGUCAAGAUCAUCUCUGAAGUGCCUACAGACUUCUUGGGCUGCAUCGCCGCCUUGGUGGAGGCCGGAGCGGACCUGAAUGCGCGGGACUUCGAAGGCAAAACCCCACUCCUGGUGGCAGGCGAAACCAAUCACUUGAAAGGCGUCCACCUCUUGCAGGAGCUAGGCUCCGAUCUGAGCGUCAUCAACAACAGGCGUGAGACCAUCCUGCACCUGGUGUGCGGCUCGGGCGAUCUGGAGGCGAUCGAGACCGUGCUGGACGCGCAGUCGGUAUGCGUGAACGCCCGGUCGAGGUUUGGUCGCACGCCGUUGCACGUGGCGGCGGCGCGCCAGGCGCCGGUCAAGUGCUUGGAGGCGGUGGUGGCGCGCGGCGGCGACGUGAACGCGCGCGACAGCAAACUGCGCACGCCGCUGCACAUGACGGCCAUGGUCGGCUACCACUCGGGCCUGGAGGCGCUGCUGCGCCUGGGCGCCGACCCGGGGGCGCGCGACCGCGGGGGCAAGACACCGCUGCACUACGCCGGCGCGCUCUUCGAGCGCUGCGCGCACACGCUGCUGCGCUACCGGGCGCCCGUGAACGCGCGCGACAACAGGCAGCGCACGCCGCUCUUCUACACUGCCAGGACCUUCUCCUUCAUGCCGUGCGUGCGCGUGCUGGUGGAGGGCGGCGCCGACCGCCACGCGCGCGACCGCAACGGGCGAACGCCCAUCGACGUCGCCCACCCUGAUGUGGCCCGCUUCAUGUCCAAGUGGGCCCUCGCCGGGUAGACGACACGACUCCUUGCAAUUUUCACACUACGAAUCUUAUACCUUGUUAAUUUUGAAGAAAUAAAAUCCGUCACUUUCUUUGUUGUAGUAAGCAAAUUCAGAUAAAUGACGACCAUUGUUUAAGUUUUUUUUAUAAUAAUUAGUACAUUGAUCAAAAUGUAAGGUUCGUAUUGCAUAAUUUGUUUAUUGUACUUUUUUAAAAAA